AUGCUGUUUUCAACAACCAAUCGUGUUGCUUGUAAUAUGUUAACCAGUCUUUGGUAUUGAGUGAGGCCGAUGAAUCAGUGGGCUGGGCUGGGGAAAGUUCGGGCGAUCGAGCAUCUAUGAUUUAGCUCGAGCUGCGCUGGGCAGUGCAUGUGCAGUGGUGGCCGAUAUGCAGACCUGGUGAUAUGCAGGUGCACAUGAUUUCGAGGGGCCGACCGGAGGAGCUGAGCAAGAUCGACGAAAGUAUACUACAAAGAUACUGAACAACAUGUCGCUUUCCAAAAUGUUUGUGGAGAAAAUGCUGAGGACGAGAAUGGCUAACUUUGUUAGAAAAUAGUUAUCGCAUACUCGUGGGCAUCCUAAUUGAAAAUACAUUAGGAUCAAAUAUGGAUGAGAAGACAGAAAAAGAGAAGCAGAAGUUUGUAUGCAAAUUAUGUAGCUUGGACUACCCUUCUUCUAUACAAUUUGAAGAGCAUCUCUGGUCUAUGCUUCACCACAAGGCUAUUAACAAUAAAUGCAAUAGCACAAAACAUCACUGCAACCUGUGUAUGUUUGAAACGUACAAACUUAAUGAAUAUGCAAAGCACCUUAUUGGUGAAAAACAUAAGAAGUCACUUGUUGAGAGGAGAAAAAGAUUGGAAGAUGCUCAGAUGGUCAAACCUUCUACAACAAGUGUUUCUAAGAAAUCAGAAAGCCAGGUGGACCAAAGGCAGACAGACCCUAACCAGACCUUUCCAAUGCCAGUGUAUCCACAGAGAAGGGGAUCAAAUACAUUUCAUGAAACUUCCUCAAGUAAUGUUGGUUAUCAAGAACCAUCUACACAGCAGCAGACUCACAAUUCAUUCCCAUGGCACCCACCUUUCAGGUUUCCACAACAAAGAUUUGAACAGCCAAGGUAUGAACACACCAGGUUUGGUCCGCCAAACAUUGAGCGCUUUAGAUGUAAUCAACGGCCGAGGUACGGAAAUCCAAAUUUUCAUCACCCGCCAAGGUUUGGUCCAUACCCCAGGUUGGAACCCCCUUGGGUUGGAAACAACAGGUUCGAACCCCCCUGUGUUGAAAAUGACCGGUUUGAACAUGGAAACAACAGACCAACUGCACCCUCGAUGGUACCCCCUUGGGUUCAGAAUUCUGGAUUUGAACAUGGAAGUAAUAGACCAAAUGCACCCACAUCUGCACCCCCUAGGUUUGAACAUGGAAACAACAGACCGACUGCACCCACAUCGACACCCCCUGGCAUUGAAAAUUCAAGAUUUGAACGGGGAAACAAACCAACGACACCCAUGUCUGCACCCCCUGAGGUUACAAAUUUGAGGUUUGAUCGUGGAAACAACAAACCAACGACACCCACGUCUGCACCCCCGGGGGUUACAAAUUCGAGGUUUGAUCGUGGAAACAACAGACCAAUGACACCCACAUCUGCACCUCGUGGGACCGAAAACGCCAGGUUACAAAGUGGAAAUAGACCUGCAUUCAAUCCAAAACGGAAGAUUCCCAUAUCAGCUCAAACUGUAAAGAAGAAAAAGAAUCCAAAGUUACAUGCAAAUGCUGACAAACAGAAGAGGAAGGAAAAUAAUGCCAAUUUAAAAGAAGAUACUGCAAAAGUAUUGGAGAAUACUAAAAAGCAAAUGCAGCAUUCUGUUGCAUCUCGAGAAGUACCUACCCAUAGCAGUACCCUGAACAAGCAAUCUGGCCAACAUGCUCGCGGGAAUCAAGUCCACUCAAACACACUUUCUGUACCUAAUGUCAAGGUUGUUAAAGGUCAUACAACCUCUAAAUCUCCUAAGAUUAAAAAGAAGAAUAAGCCAUCCCUCCAAAAGAAGUUUCAUGAUAUGCAAGGAAGCACUGGGAAUUCUCAGAAACGUGAUGUAGGAAAGGUGGAGAAGAAAAAUAAGUCAAAGAUGUUGUUGCAUCAGAGCUCAGUUGUUUCUCGACAGUCACCAAUGAAAGAUAGCGCAAAAACUUCUAAAUAUUCCAGUUCAUGUAAAGACAAUGACAAUGAAAGAACACCCCAGAAAGCUGAUUCUGAGACAGAAAGAUUUGAAAGAAAUUUAAGAGAUGCUCUUAAUGGAAAACGUUUUGUUUCCAGUGAUGAGAUGGUCACGUCAUCUAAGAAAGCAGUAGCUUCUGAAAAGUAUGGCAAGUCUUCAACCUCUGGAAUGACUUGCCAAACACAAAUGGUUUCAUCAUCAGUAGCAAGAGUAUCACAUUUCAAGAAACCUGUAAAUAAGCAUAUUAGAUUUGAAGAUAUGCCAUGUCAUUCAAACAUUGCGGCAUCUUCAGAAGAAAAAGGAGUUUCCUCAAAGAUCCCAAAUUGCAAGGAAAGUUCAACAAGUGGCAAAGUUGGCCAAGAUAUUAGUCCCUCACAAGGGAAAACAGAUAGGAAAGCACAAUUCAAGGACUCAAGAAACAAGAAAAUUGGGAAAAUGCUAAAUGAUGGCAACACUCAAAGUCACAUGGAAAAUUUAACCAGAAAUCCAAGUAUUGAAAACACGAAUCUGAUUUCCUCAACUGGGAAAAGUAAGGAACAGGUUUCAAGUAGGAGUGGUGUAACUGACAAGUGUAACAAAGUUGCCCCUAAGAUAUCAAGUUGUAGGGACAGUUCAAACAGAGGUGGAAGUGGGCAGGACAAUAGACCAAGUUCCUCUACUAAGAACAAAAAAUCAAAACACAAAGAAUUUGUGAUGAGUGACAUGGACAUUUCAGAAUCAAACGUGCAUGACCAUGAUACUUCCCCAAGUUCCUUAACCGUCACAACGGACAGGGACUUGGUGCUCAAGGAACAAGUUAGAGGCACUAUGACUGAAACUGCCAGCAUUGAUGUGCCAUCCAUUUCCAGCUCAUCCUCAGUUCCUGUCCUGAACAUUGACCAGAACACAGGAAAUCAGUCAUUACUUUCAGCUGUUGGGCAGAAAGUGAACCCACGGCCAAAUGUUGCCAAAGCCAGGAGCAGACUAAGGACGAAAGAUGCUGAACAAACUAAUGAUGGGCAGGCAUUCAAGGAGAAAAUACAAGGACUGCUUAGUGAUGUGGCAAAGCCAGUCUGGCAACAGAAGAAAAUACAUAUGUUACUAGCCAAAGCGAAGAAAGCUCCUGACAGAUUUAAGAGGUUCAGUCAUUUGACAUCAUCACCAAGUCGGUCUGAAGAUCCUAUCGAUGAUCUAGACAUCAUGAACCUCAGUACUGAAUUUCAACAGGAGCUGCUUGACCUGAUCCAGAGCGAAGAUGCCGAUGAAGAGGAUAUUUUGUCUCAGCUUACAGGUAUGGAAGCAAAUGAAUCAAGUUUGCAAGAAGUUGUAGGAGGGGACUCGCUUGCACUCUUUGAGCAAUCUGAGCAGAAUGCAGAUGCACUGAUUGGAGACAUCCAGGAGGUACUGCCUCUGAUGAAUCAGCAGAGGUUGCAUAAGGGGAAAGCUGUCACUUCUGAUACUCCUGCAAUAAAAGUAGAACCUCUCGAGACUCUAGGGUCUGAGCAGUUGCUGCAUGAAAAGCAGAGUCUUCCAGGAACAAGUAGUAAGGGAUCAACCGAUAGACCAGAACAGUCUUCUUCAGACAUGGCCAACAAUUUAGUUCAGUCUCAGGAACUUUCCACUGGACAGAGUCCCCAUAGUUCAGGGAGCAGAAGACCAGAGGAAGCGCAAGAUGCUGAAGGAUCAUCAGAGAGGCAUGACACCAGUGUCACGUCUACCAGUGCCAUUUCAUCUGUGAGUCCAAUUGACUCAGUAGAAACAUCUGGGAAGAAAGGUCACAAGAAAAAGAAGGAGAAGAAAAAGAAGUCCAAGAAAUCCAAGUCAAAGAAAGUUGAGAUUGAACUCACAAAGAAACAAAGACCAAAGUUAAAGACACCUAAGACUUCAAGCGUAAGGAGGAAGUCUGUUCAGUCCACUAUCUCAGAAAAAGCCAACAGAAGAACCAACAGUCCAACCAUAUUGACAGCCACCAAAAUCAAGAAGAAAGUCAUGCAGAGGAGAAAAAUGUUGGACACUGGCAUGGUAGGAGAUACAUGCAUGGACAAUCUGCUUGACAUCACCAUUCAGGAGCAAAAUCUCCAACUGAAGAUGGAUCAACUCAAUUCAAAGAUAGACAAGUUGUAUACCAUCAUCCAGGAGAAAGAGGCUUUGCUAAAGAGUUUCAAGCAAGAAAAAGAAAUGGUUAUCAGCAGUCUUUCAGAGUUAAGAGACAAGAGACUCAAUCUUCUAUUAGGACUGACCUCAAGUGAGAAGAUUAGCAAAUCAGUUUCAAGCAUGGCUUCAAGUAGCAGUAGCCACACUGACAAUGGUCCAUCUUCAUCAAGCCACUCAAACAGUCUUCAGACAGACAUCCAGGAGACGGGAAUAAGCGAUGUCCUCAGUGAAGCAUUGCAGUCUGGAGGGGAGGGUGAUAUCGUGAUUUCUAAUGUGAUGUCGGUGGCUCAAGAAACGCCUAGUGAAGGCUUCAGGAUAAUGUUAAGAAGUCCCGCCAGGAAUGUGUCAGAUCAGAGUCAAGGGACAGUGGACACCUUUGGGGAUGUGGGACACUACCAGAAUGAACAGAGCAUUGAUAUAGGAAGUUCUCAGCAGUCUCUUGCAGGCCAAAGCAUCGAAGUUGUCCCACAGGUCAUGAGCAGGGAGAGCCUUGCUAAGACUCUGCAGGAGCUCAAUAGCUGUGGAGGUGGCAUCAAGGUAAACAUCGUGUCCUCAGAUGAAGACACUCUCUAUGGAAUUGACUGCAAACAGCUGAUGCAUGGAGAUUCCCAACUCUCAGGCAGCGAUGUGAUUGGAGCAGUUGCUAAGCUGAUGUCCCCAGACACAGACAGGGUGACUCAGAGCAUGGAGCUGUCCUCAUUUUCUGAUAUCACCUCUGAGCAACAUCACAUGUUUGCAGAGUGUGGUCAGGUUAGGAACAACAAAGAAAGAAUACCACUAUUUCCGGCAGACAAUAGAGAGAGUACAUCUGAAUUCAGAUCACCACACAAUAACGUAACAUCAUCAGAAAAUUCAGUUAGGACAAUUAAGCAAGAACCAUCAGAUAAUGACGAAAUUUGCCAAAAGCAGGACUACUUUGAACCCUACACCACGAAGCGAAAGCGAUUGAACGAGAUAUCUGAAGAUACCCAAGCAAAGAGACUCAAAAACAACCAGCAAGACACAACUCUACCUGGAAAUGUACAAGAACCUGGUGAACUGCAGAGUGCAAUCAGUUUGUCAGACCCUGUAGGAUCAAACAACACCUUGUUAUCACAAGUGCGCAAUGUGACAAGUGUUUCAGAUGCGUUAGGUUCAAAGGACAGUAUCCCAGACACCUCGGGUACACUGCAGACAGCAGAUGGAAAUCCAGAGGAACAGAAGCCUUCAAGCCCUAGUUCUAAAGGCUAUGUGAUCAGCAUGUGCAUCAUUGCAGAUAAACUCUAUGCCUGCAUUUCUGACAGCAGAUUUAUCAUAUUCAACCUUGCAACCAACAAGAUUGAUACAGAAGAGGAUCUCGCUCUGAAAAAUAUCAAGAACUUUGAACUGUGGAGAGACACUACUGCGAACAAGAUGGUGGCUUUUGCCAGUAACGGUAGCAGAAACCUGGUUCAGUUUGAUGUUCAGCGUAAAGAAUUUCUUCAGACCAUGGUGCUUCAAAAAGAGGUAUCUUGCCUUCAUUUGAAGUGGAAUAGCCUGUAUGCAGGUCUGGUUAAUGGAGAAAUUGCUAACAUCAAUGUACAGAAAUCCAGGGUAACAUGGUACUAUGACUGCACGCCAACAUUUGCUGUAACCGCCAUUGCUUCUACACUAGAGGGCGGUAUAAAACUGCUCAUAACGGCUUCUGAGGAUCGCACCGUGUCCAUCAGACAAGCAAAUGAUGGUCUACUGCUCCGAAGUCUGGACGGACACAUAGAUGUGGUGACUGACUUUCAGGUGUUGGGAUCCCGUGUGUUGAGUAAGGCAAGGAACAAUACCAUUUUCAUUCAUGACCUGGAUACUGGAGAUGUCAUUCAUCGUAUCAAGCAUCAAACGAAGAUCGCAUGUUGUGUCAUGUCAGGAGACACUCUAGCAGUAGCUGGUUAUACUGGCAAUGUCUACUACUACAAAAUAAUGACUGAUGAGGUAGACAUCUUUGACAGUGGUUGUGGGACUAUAACUUGUAUGACUGCUUCUCAAGAUAUGGUGUUUCUUGGGAUCCAAGAUGGGUUCAUCGAUGUCAUUCCUCUCUACCCUUCAACCAUCUACCCCUGUGAGUGGAGUCACUGCAUAAGUCGUUUCUUGCGUCUGGACGCCCUCAAGACCCAUCUUCAGUUUAUCCACAUACGGCGAUCAGCUCGGCAAUGCCUCUGGAAGUCUUGUCUCAAGAACUACCCACAUAAUAAUACCACUGUCAAGGCCAUUGAACAGCAUGUGUUUUCCCACCUGAAGGACCUUAAAAAGGGUGGAAUGUAGAUGUAUCCUAGAGGACUACCUUUGACAGUCAUGAAAUCAUCAUCGUACAUCCAGGAGUAGUCAUGUGAUAGGCCUCGAUUGCUCAGGACAGUUGUGCGACAUUCAUUGAUUCCCGAAGACAGUCGUGUGGCAUUGUUGAUUCCUCAAGACAGUCCUGCGACAUUGAUUGAUUCCCGAAGAUAGGCAUAUGACAUUUGUUGAUUCCGAAAGACAGUUAUUUGGCAUUAGUUGAUUCCAAAAGACUGUCAUUUGACGUACACUGAUUCAAUAGUACAGUUAUGUGAUUGCUAAGGAUAACAUGUGUUGAUUCCUUAUUCUGAUUACAGUCAUGUGACAUAUGUUGAGUUUAGAGGAAAGUCAUGUGAUUGCUAGGGAAAGUCAUGCGACAUAUGUAGAUUCCUGAAGACAGUCAUGUGACUGACAUUAAGGAAAAAGUCAAGUGACAUACUGUAUGUCAAUUCUAAAAUACUGUCAUGUGACAUUGAUUGAUUUCUGAGAACAGUCAUGUAACAUACAUUGAUUUGUUAGGAAAGUUAUGUGACAUGCAUUGAUUGCCGAGGACAGUCUAUGUGACAUUCAUAGAUCCCUGAGGAGAGUGAGCCAUGUGACAAUUAUUGGUUCUUCAGGAAAGAUAUGGGACAGUCAUUUGACAAUUAUUUAUUAUGGCAAAAAGAAGCUGCUGAAAACUGCUUAUCUAAUAAAAGAGAGCCAAUGGAGUAAAUUAGAAAGUCAAAAGGGGCCUAAGCUUUCGAUCCUAGCAGAAUCUUCGUCAAAGUUAGUCCUCCAGGUCAUUUUGCCCCCGACGAAGAUUCUGCUAGGAUCGAAAGCUUAGCCCCCUUUUGACUUUCUAAUUAUUUAUUAUAGAGAAAAGUCAUUUGAUAGACAUUGAUUCCUGAGGACACUAAUGGGACGUCAUUUAGCAAUUUUAGAUUCCAAGAUUGGUCAAGUGAAAGUCAGGUAUUACCGAGAGUUGUCAUUUGAAAGUCAUCGUUGCAAAAUGAAGUCAUAAGACAACUGAAUCUUUGUUCCAACAAGUGAAUUAGAUCACAGUCAUUCUUCAAAGGCUCUUCAUUCUGAUGUGUAGCAUAGCAACCAAUAUCCGCUGGCCAUUCAUAUUGCUUAUCUGGUGUACCUUGAUAGGAUACCAUACUUCUGGGGGGCGUUUCAUGAAAGGAAUCGUCGGACGUUUUAUCCGACAAGUCCCAUUUUAUCCGACAGUUACCAUAGGAACAGUGCCUCUCAGCCAAUCAAAAUCAUGGAAAGAUGUCAGAUCUGACAACUUGUCGGAUGAAAAUAUUGAUGAAACGCACCCCUGGAGUCAAUUGCACCAGUAUCUGGCAUGCUAGUAUCCAAAAAAAGUGAUAAAGAAUAUAAUGUAUGAGGUUCGUCUUAAAAGAUUCCUCAAGCUAUUGUAUAUACCAGCAGAAAAGCAGCAUUAACUGUUGGUAAUGGUCAGUGUACCAUUUACAAGUAUGAAGAUUUGGUGUGGUUUAAUGAAAUGUAAUCACACUUUCAGUGUACGUUAGUCGAGUUGUCUUAGAAUUUCAUUUUUUUAAGUAAAGUAUGACAAACCGCAGUUUGAUUCAAAUUUGAAUGAAAACGAUGCUUUUUAAAUUGCAUUGGGAAAUAGUGGGGAUGGGGCUACUCAAAUUUGAUGAAAAUCAAUGUGCACUUGAACUGAGUGCGAAACACCCACUUUUUUUCUGAUUAUUACCAUUUUUAACAGAAAUAGAAGUUCAGUGACAAAAAUAUAGGCGGUCAAAUUGCUCCUAUAUUAUAUAAGCAAAGCUACCGAUUCCUUUGCUCACAGCUUUGUGAUGUCAAGCUGUAUGCAUGCAUUCACAAUAAACAAUUUUUUUAAGGGAGCCUCAUGUGUGUAUAUUCCGGUAAAGUAAUCUUGCACAAAUGCAUAUUUCAUGAACUUGUAAAACUUCUUUAUGAAGUUAUGUAUUAUCUGUCCUAUUUAUCAAAUGUGAUAUUAUGACAUUGACUAUUGUGGAGUACAGAAAAUACAAACCUUCAGAGUUUGGGGUUGAAUUUAACUACAGUGUCCAAUGCGAGUGUUGAUAUUAGAAUGAAAUAAACACCUACCAAAACACUCAACUUUUUUGAUUUAUCUGAACCUAGUGACAAUUGGGAGCACAAUGCAGAUCCAUCCUUCCUACACUCAAUUACCAAUACUAACACCAUACAUGCAUUAUCACAAAGAAAAAUAAAUAUAAUAUUGACAGCUUGUAUGGGAAAAGGAUUAUUGUUUGCCGAGUCCAGAGUUUUAAAACGAACUGAAAAUAACUCUAAUAAAUAUACAUCACUGGAGACAACUAACUGGUUGUGGAGUAAAGAUAUUUUAUCUUCAGCUUUUGUGAUUGUUGGAUAAUUUGCUGACCCAGUGAUUGUGUAAGGAACAGAAAAUAACUGUUGUAAAGUUACAUUAGUGGAUCCACAUGCUUGUUUCAGAUUUUUAGAGAUACCCCUUUAACCUUAAAAGGACUGGGCUAUUUAAGAUAUAUUGAGGACUAUGGGGGGGGGGCCCUGAUGACCAAUUAGAACGAAAAAAUAAUCGCCCUUUUAUAAAUUUCUUUUCCCCCAGACUUUGGACACAAGUAUAAAAAUGAGCCAUUUUCGGCAUGACAUUGCCUCGUAGAAAGUCAUGUGACGUCGCGAUGGUAUACCCGUAUGUCGCUAAUUUGGUCUGAAAAGUUGCGCGAGUCUUCAAAGAAAAAAGUCAUAAAAUUUUGCGGCGCUAUCUUUUUUGUGUUUUUGAAAUAUCGCGCGAAGCGUCGAGGGGGGGCCAUCAUGCCCCCCCCCCCCCAGUCCUAUUAGGGUUAAGGAUGGAUAUAAUCAUUCAUGUAGAAUAUGAGAUAUUUCAUAUAUGAAAUCUUGAGAUCUUUAUUGCUUUAAAAAAAGAAAAAGCAGAAUGUGUACAUUAUUCAUUGUGCACAAAGAGAUAAUCAAGCCUUUACAUGAUCAAGACAGUCUUCACUGUUGGAUGUGUAAUUGAUGCAAAAUUUGCAGAGAUAUUGACACUCUUAUAUUAAAAGAGAACUAAUGCAGCACAAUCAUAUAUUUGAUUUUGACGAGUAAGUUUUGUUUUAUUAUAAAUUUGAUUAAAAAUGAGAAGACACAGCCAAUUAUUGGUAGUACAAUAUGAAUCUCUGAUCCCCUUCUGAGAAAUUGGCGGGAUAACAAAAGCACUUUUGCAGAUUUGUACUAUUUUAAUUUGCUUUUGCCACUUAGUAAAGAUGUAUUCAUGCUUUGUGUAUAAAGGCAACUCUACUUUUAUACCUAUUUUCUUUUCAACAUGUUUUUGUUUUUAUAUUUUUGUAAGAUAUUCUUUACUGCAGUUUCUUAGAAUUGCAUCUUGCAAAUUAGCAUGAACAGUCCAAUACUCUAUACCUCUGAAGUUAAUUUGAAAUAGGAGUAGAAAGAGAGCUAAAAAUAACAUUUCUGAUGUAGUAUCUGUGAUAAGAAUUGGUUGUGAUGACAAGUUUCUAGUGUUAAUAUUUUAACAUUAUUUAGGAGCAUUGCACCAGCGCAACAUCAUUUGAACUAUUUUUGUGAUAAGCCUGUACACAUGAAAGUUAUUUGGUAGAGGAAAAAGUUGUGUAAAUAAGGUAUAUUUCCUCAGUAUUAAAGUGAAUAUCAUUGUUGUCUACUGUUCAGAAGAAAGAGAACAGUUGGAAAAUUAUAUACCCAUGUAGGAGUGUGACACAGAUCAAAAUCAUUAUUUUUAUACAGUAUACCUUGAUUUAUUUUGUUGAAGAGCAUUCAGGCUAGUGCAUAUAUUAAAGUGUAAAAAAGUGUUAAACCAAA